GUGUAAUUCUAUACAUACCAGGAGGAUAAUGCUCCGUGCCAUAUGGGAGGCUACGCCUAGUGGUGGAAGGAGACCCACGCGAUGAGUUUGAUGGAAAGCUGACCAGCUCAAAGUCCGGAUUGAAAUCCUAUUGAGCAUGUUUGGGCUGAGCUCUCUCGCAGACUGAAGCCCAAGCAGCCACAAAUCCAUGAUGUCAAAACUUUAAAGCAGCAGCUUAUAGCGACAUGGGAGGAAUUGAGUGCUGAAUUUGUUCAGGCACUUUACGGAAGUAUGCCGAAUAGAUGUAGGGCAGUGAUAGAAGCGAAAGGCGAUGUGACGAGAUAUUAAAUGUGGGGGGGAGGGUUGUAUAUAAUGUUUAUCUUUAUUGCAUUAAUGUUUGGAAGCAUAUUGUUCAAAUUGUUUAAAGCGAAUGCGGUAACUUUCCGACAGUAUUUCUUUUUGUCUUGGAAAGUUUGCUUUAAUGUCUUCCAUGGUGCAUUCAAUAUUUUGGGGUUGGGGCGGAUGGACACGGGGUACUUUAUGUGCUUGACGAAUCUUUUAAGGUGCGUUGAUUUCUACAUUAGAAUGGACUAUCGAACGGUGAAUAGCCCAGAGGACUCAUCAACAAUAACCCACAAAUUACAUAAUUAGAGACUUGACAGCAACGACCUAAAAGUUUACGUGUAAUGCUUGUACAAUCUAAAGACGACGCCAAUUUAAGUCCUGGUAUGAUAACGUUACCGGUUGAUAAUAUUCAAGUUUCGUUGAGAAGAAUUAUAUCAGAUGCAAGAUAUAUAGGAUCGUUGAUGAUUUGAUAAGAUGAACCUAGAGACUUUGGAAUAAUGUGAAAGUGCUCUUUUUCCCGUCAACUUUAAGAAAGUGGGAUCAAGCAUGAUUGUUGGUUGACGUUCCAUUUCUAAGUAUAAAUCACUGCUUUUUUUUUCUCGGAUGAUAAGAAUUUUGAGGAAGCAAAAGUACUGUUUUUGCAUAAAUAAUGGGCAACAUAAAUCAGGGAUCUUUGCAAUUUAUGAUUGCUACAUUAUACUCAACAAAAUUUUCGCAAGUACAGCCUUGAGAUUUAUGGAAUGGGGUCUUGAAGCCAAUUUCAAAACUAGCGAAGUUUAGUUAUUAUUUUAUAAG